GAAGUAGCUGUGUUAGUCGAUAGCUGGAAAAACAACAAAGAAUCUUGUGGUUCCUUAAAGGCGAACGCACAUUUAUUUCGGUGUAAGCUUUUGUGGACUGCAGUUUAGGAAAAUGGAGAUGUGCCUUGUACCUAAAAGGCUUCCCUUCUAAGUGACUUCCUUUCACAGAUUCGAUAACUACAUUCAAAGCCUUCUGUCAGAGCAGGACCUUAUAUUUGUAGGUGAUGUGUCCCGUCCCCCCUUCAAAGGCUCUGCACAUCAGUCCUACAUGGGGCCUCCUAUUGUUCUGUUAAUGAAUUGAGAUCUGAUGUUGCAGAGAUGCAAAUCCUUAGGUUGAAGACAUGAGCUUCUGAAUUGUAGGUACAGGCAGCUUGCUCUUUGCUCUUUGUGUUUAAGACAUUCCAAGACCAGCUUCCUGCCGUUUGUUUCCCAUCAAGGCCUGUGGAACCAAGUUAUGUCCACUGCUGCUUUAAUUAGCCUGGUCAGAAACGGAGGGCACCACGUGAGGAGGAGAGCGCUGCUGACGUCCCGCCUCUUGCAAGACGACAAGCGGUUGAUGGUCGUAUGCCAGAGUUCCACCACUGAGCGCAGGGCUUCCCGCUUCGACCUGGAUGGGAGUGGCCGCCCCGCCACGUGGGACUCCUUUGGUAUAUGGGAUAACCGCAUUGACGAGCCUAUCCUCCUUCCGCAAAGCAUAAAAUAUGGAAAGCCGAUCCCCAAAGUCAGCUUGUCCAAUGUGGGCUGCGCCAGCCAUAUUGGGAAGCGAAAAGAAAAUGAGGACCGCUUUGACUACGCCCAGCUGACUGACGAUGUUCUGUAUUUUGCCGUUUAUGAUGGGCAUGGCGGGGUAGCAGUAGCUGACUUCUGCAGUAACCAUAUGCAAAAGUAUAUCCAAGAUUUCCUCUCUGUGGAGCAGAACCUGGAAAAGGUACUGAUGAAAGCUUUUCUAGAAAUAGACAAAGCAUAUGCAAGACACGCUCACUUAUCUGCUAAUGCGGCCUUGCUGAACGCGGGGACCACAGCGACCGUGGCACUGCUACGAGAUGGGAUUGAGCUGGUGGUGGCCAGUGUCGGUGACAGCCGAGCACUCUUAUGCCGCAAAGGGAAAGCUGUGAAGCUGACUAUUGAUCAUACUCCCGAAAGGAAGGAUGAGAAGGAAAGAAUCAAGAAAUGUGGAGGCUUUGUAGCCUGGAACAGCAUAGGGCAGCCCCACGUGAAUGGCAGACUUGCUAUGACUCGUAGCAUAGGGGACUUGGAUCUUAAGAAUCAUGGUGUGAUUGCAGAACCGGAGUCAAAAAGGAUCCAGCUACACCAUGCAAGCGACAGCUUCUUGGUCCUUACCACCGACGGCAUCAACUUUAUGGUGAACAGCCAAGAGAUUUGUGACUUUGUUAGCCAGUGUCAUGAUCCCACCGAAGCAGCUCACAUUGUUACUGAGCAGGCCGUACAGUAUGGAACCGAAGACAACAGCACGGCCAUUGUUGUGCCAUUCGGAGCGUGGGGCAAAUACCAAAACGCUGAGAUCAACUUCUCCUUCAGCAGGAGCUUCGCUUCAAGCGGGAGAUGGGCAUGAAGUCCUUCUACAGUAAGAUGUGGGAAGUGCUGUGCUGUAGGGGGCUGACGAGGCAGAAAUUGGAUCUGAAGAGAAGUCGUCAAAAGCAUCUUGUCCAUCUUUUUCUCCAGCAGCUAAUAUUUUCUGUCUGGGCAGCAAACUGUUGUAGCUUGAUGUCGCAUCUUAACAACCAGGUUCAUUCCUGCUUAUUUCUAGUCAACAGUUUCCCCCUCCUCGCUCCUUUAUCAAGGGUCAUUCAGUCUGUUUUUGCACAGACAAGAUGCUGGCUUCUUGUACCUGGCUGACAUCCCAAUGUGGAUUUUGUACUAAGUGUUAAAUAAAACAUGCUUAAUAUAUAUAUAGAAGCCAAGAGAGCAUGGCCAGUGCAAAACAAGUUCUUUGGAUAACAUGUCGGGGAGCAAAUGUAUCAGGAGAGGAAAGAUCAUAUUUUUCUCCCCUACAGUCAGAAGUCUUUUCCUUCCUUGCUUGGAGAAAUAAGAAAAUAACAGCUGGGAGACGGGCUGUAUCAGUGGCCGUAUCUUGCUUUGAAUGGCCCACUGGUGCCAGGUUCUGGUUGAAGCUAGUUCAGCUUUGCAGGGAAGUAUUUUGAGCUCAAGGUUAAUAAAACUCUACACUGCAGAAAUCAAGUGAUGGAGAUUGUCAGGUGUGUGUGCGUGUGCGCGCGCUAUCCUCUUUAUGCCCCCUUUCUCAAAGGGUGAGUUUCACACUUGAUUUGAAACUCACACCAGCUACUUUGCUGGUGGGAUCUUUGGCCGGUGAAUCUCUGGAGGGAUGUACUACACACUACAGCCUUUGAGCUGUGAGUGCAACAUUAACAGGGGGAAAUACGUGGUGUACCUUCAGAAGGAUGAACGCUACAUAGGUUCUUUUGUUUCUUUGUUUUUACUUAUAUAAGCUAAGAUUUUUAAAAAUCACUUUAAAAAAUACGUUCUGUGAGAGCUGUGUGAACAUUUAAUACUCCAGUUCUUUUUAGAUACUCUUUCUUUCACUUCAGAAUGUAUGAAAAAAGCUGUCCCAAACGCACAAAGUUAACCUGGGGAAGUAUUGUCAGGUGCACCUAGACAAUGAUUAAGUUCCAAGGUUUUGGACAUGGGGACUAAUUGGCAAGAAAUUGAAGAUCUCUGUUCAGUUUCCUCAACCAGCUAUUUUAUAAGGGAACAGUUGGGUUAUACUGCCAAGAGUUGCUACCAAGUUUGACCUAAAGUGAAGUUUUAAAAGGCAUUUGUUGGUUCUGCUUAGGAAAAAUGCAGGGGGAAUGUUGAGGGAAACAAAAUGUUUCAACUUUGAGACUGCUGAAAUUUCUUCAGAGGGUACUGUACAUCCCUGUCUUACAUUUUAGCUAAGUGAGAUGGAAACGUUCUGCAGCUGGUAUUGUGUGGUAGGACUUCAAUAAUAAGAGUAUAAGCAGAAGGGCCAUAGACCAAAAACAUGAUCCUGAGUGCCCACUUAUAAUUUGGUAUCAUGGAGGGGCCACUUCAUUUUCUUUCGUCCCGGGGUAGGCAACCUUGCCUCUUUGGCUGUUUUUGGACUACAGCUCCCAUCAUCCCCAGCCACAGUGGCCAAUAGACAGAGAUUAUGGGAGUUGUAAUCCAACAUCUGCAGGAGGGCCAAAGAUGUGCAACCCUUUAGAUCAAGGGUUCUCAUUACAACCUUGGAUCUCCAGAUGUUGUUGGACCACAACUCCCAUCAUCUCCAGUCAUAGUGGCCAAAGGCCAUUGGGGAUGAUGGGAGUCAUAAUCCAAAAACAUCUGGGGAGCUAAGAUUGGGAAACUCUGUUUUAGAUUACAAUGGCUUCUGCUCCAGUGUUUGAGAAGCAACUUCUCUUAACUUGCAUUCUACAGUUAUUCUACACCCAGGCAUAACCGCGCUGAGCUAUUGAGCUAAACCCUGAUCACAAUGUGAACCAUGGAGCACUGCUACUUUAUGUCUGUCCUGCAUAGGGCCACACCUUUUGUAUGAAUCAUUCCAGUUCUGCUUCUAUAUGCCUGAUCACAAAGCAUCUUUUGAGCAUGUAUCUAAUACUGUGUGAAAGAUAUUAAGUGCUUUGCAAAUGGAAAAUGCCCUGGCAUUGUCCUGUUUACUGUAUAUUUUACAUGUUUGUAUAAAAUUUAUAUAUAGAGAGAUGUGCAUAAACUUUGUAAGUGAAAAGUGUGUAAAGAAAUAUUUGUAAAUAUCUAGCAUAGCCUGUGCUGUCACUGUAGGUCGCCACAGUGGUGUUUCGAUGUGAAGGCUGCCAUCCUCUUCAUUGCUUCCCCAACUCCUAUUUUUAUGGACAUAAAGAUUUGGGGGGAAACCAUUCUUGGCUUUGCAUAAAAGUGGGUGUUGGGCCUUUAAAAUAAAAGGGAUUUGAUCAAACAAGAUGGCGGUGAAUGGAGAAGAUCCAUGGUGAAUGGAGAGGGUCCAUUGGUGGAGGGUUCCCAACCUUGGGUCCCUAGAGGUUGUUAGACCACAGUUCCCAUGAGAAUGAUAGGAGUUGUAGUCCAACAACCUCUAGGGACUCAAGGAACCUCUGCAUUAGUGCAUCUGUUCUUCUCCCCCAAGCAAAUAUUUAUUGUGUGUGUGUGGGGGGGGGAUGUGACCACAACUCCAGCAUGCUUCCAUCAGAGGCAUGUCUACUGGACAUGCCACAUCCCAGUGGCUGCACUUUCAGUGUUUGUGAGUAAAGUGUCCUGGUAGCCCAUCUGAUGCAUAGCUGCGGUGACAGAUGCACAUACAGAGGACUUCUUCAUGCAAUUGAAAUCCUGGUCAGCCGGAGUGUCCAGCUGAGUGAAGGAGCCCAUACAGGUAAACGUGUUUAGGACCCAUUUGCACAAAUCUUGAAUGUGUGGCCACCAAGAGGUGUAGCAUGGCUAGCAGGUGCAAUCUUGCACCCCCUCCCCCCAGCCUCCCCAUGCGUUCAAAAUAUGGCUCAACAAUUCUGACUUUUCUACUUCUGAAAGCACCAACCAAAGCAUUGAUAUAAUUGACACAAAUUUAGGUUGGGGGUGGGGGAGUGUGUUGAUCACACUUGGUUUUGGCACUACCAUCGGUCAUUUUGUUGCCAUAGUCAACUUACUGAAUGUACUGUAGAGUCUCUACUGGUUUUUCAAGGAUCUGAAGCUGCUGGGCCUCUACAAAAGCAGAUAAUUCUUGGAAGGAGAUUCCCAUUCCUGGUUAGGUAGAGUGUUUUGGCAGCUCCACAAAUCAUAAUUGCCGUACAAUGCUGAAGUGCACUUGUGUAAAUCAUGUUGCAGAUCUUGCCUUAGGAAACAUGUAAAAUUUGAUUUUUGCUUGUGCAGCAGCCUCUGGGUGCAACUCAAAGCUGUUGGGUGAUUCAGGUUCUGGUGCCACUUCCUGCAUUUCUCCAGAUGAUGGUGGCAGAUGAUCAUGGUUUCUGCACCAGUCCUUGUGAGAAACGCAGUGACCCCUUGCAUUAUGUGGUGUUGGGCUUGUGUGUUGCUAAAAUGGCUGACUAGCCAAAGGCAAGACUACAGCUGCCCAGCCAAUAUGUUAAAAAGGUGUCGGAGAAUUGAAAUCUGUGGUGUCGCCAUGAUUGAAUGUGUUCAAAUAUUGAAUGUUUGGAUUCUGCAGCCCAGCUGCUACUUAGUUUUAAGUGGUUGCUCUUUUUAUUUCUUAUUUGUAAUGGAAGCAGGUUAAAGACUAUGUCUGAACAAUAUUUUAAUAAACCACUUGUUCCCAAGA